AGUGAUUGCUGUAUCUUUUAUUUCCUCUCCUUUUAUCUUGCUUUGUGAUUCCCUUUUUUUCUCUACUGUUUCUGCUUUUCAAAUACACACGCUGAUCUUCUGCCGCGUAUUAAAGAAAGAAAGGAAAAAGAAAUUCCCUUGCUCACUUUCUUCGCUUUUAUCUUAUCUUUCUGUUGUCUGUGCCCUGCUGACGUAUCUCGCUUCCUCUGUCUCUCUCGCACAGCUUCCUCUUGAUCUCAGAAAAGAAAACCCGACCGCUUCAAAAAUGAUGCGCCGCAACUCGUUCAUGUUCUUGGUGAUUGUGGCGGCGCUGCUCGCGCUGACCUACAGUCCGUCCGCCCUCGCCAACGGCCUCUACGGCUUCAUCGACGAGGUCGCGGCGGAUCGUUACAAGAAGUUCAAGAAGGACAACGGCAAAGCCUUCGGUGAGAGCGCCGUUGAAGGAAAACGCUUCAACAACUUCAAGGCAAACCUUCGGUCAACGGUGUUUCUCAACGCGCAUAACCCGCACGCGCACUUCGACGUCUCCGGCAAGUUCGCUGACAUGACUCCGGAGGAGUUCGCGCAGCAGUACCUCAACGCUGACUAUUACGACCGCCAGCUGCCGGCACAUCGGGCGCGCGCCAAAGUUUUCGAAGGCGCACGCGGAUCGUCGUCGCAGUCAGACUGGCGUGAGAAGGGAGCCGUGACGCCGGUGAAGAACCAAGGCCAGUGCGGCUCCUGCUGGGCCUUCUCCGCCAUCGGCAACAUCGAGGGCCAGUGGGCGGCGGCGGGGCACCCCCUGACGGCGCUGUCGGAGCAGAUGCUCGUCUCGUGCGACAACGUCGACGAGGCGUGCAACGGCGGGAUUAUGGAUCAGGCGUGGGAUUGGAUUAUCGCCAACAACAGCGGGAAUGUCAUGACGGAGGAGAGCUACCCCUACGCCUCCGGCUCCGGCAUGGUGCCUUCGUGCAGCUCCACCGGUAAAGUCGGCGCCACCAUCAGCAGCCACGUCGCCAUCGCACAAGACGAGGCGGCCAUCGCGGCGUGGCUCGAGCAGCACGGUCCCAUCUCCAUCGCGGUGGACGCCUCCACCUGGCAGUUCUACUUUGGCGGUGUCGUGUCGAACUGCUUCUCCCAGCAGCUGAACCACGGCGUGCUGCUCGUCGGCCACAACGACAGCGCCGAUCCGCCGUACUGGAUCGUGAAGAACUCGUGGGGGACGUCGUGGGGCGAGAAGGGCUACAUUCGGCUGGAGAAGGGCUCGAACCAGUGCAUGAUGAAGGAGUACGCCAUGUCGGCGCAGGUGAGCGGACCGACUACACCGCGCCCGCCCAUCGCGUCCGCUGCGCCCGCGCCCGCCCAGGCCACAAACGGCAAGGUCAUCAUCCAGCGCAAGUGCCACAACAGCGGGUGCACGCUGCUGUGCAGCAACGUCACGUUCCCGACCGGUGUGUGCGUGCCGUCGAAGAAGAAUGGCGGCUCGGCAAUCCUGUCGUGCAGCGGGACGGAGGUGUCGGAGCAGGUGUUCACCUCCAACGACUGCUCAGGCACCGCGCACGUCGCGAGCAUGCCGGUGGGUAAGUGCAUCCACAGCUACCUCAGCUACCUUGAGAACAUCUGCAGCGACGCCGUGGCCGCCACCACCGCCGUGGAUACGAAGAACGACGCUGUCCUGGAGGAGCUAGUGCGACCGCACAUCCUUGGCCAGCCGCGCACGCCACGCCGUGCUCACUAG